GCAUAAAGGAUCGAGUCAAGUACACGGAAUUUAUUGUUGCUCAAUUAAGACGCUGUCUUUUCUGGCAUACAUUUUGCGUGGAUGCGAGUGUGAAUUGGAGCAAUAUAGCGAAGACAUUCCCAAAUUUGUAAUACGACUGUUACAAAAUUGUCCGCCAGAGGCGUCAGGAACGAGAAAG